AUGCAGAACAAUGAGUUUAGAGAUCGGGUCGAGACCGUCGAAGACCUCAACCCCGCCACGUUGAAGAUCAUCUGGAUCAGGGGAGAGCAGGAAACAUCGGAACCCGGUGGCAUUACUAUCGGCCAAGGCGAGGGAGCUUCUCCAAGAGCAAUGGCUAGGCUACCAGAACAGGUGUUCUUGGAAUGCGUCGCCCCGCAUUUGAAGAAGACCCCCGCAUACAGCCGGAGGCGGACGCUGCGCCAUCCAAGAAGCCUUCCAUCUUGA